CGGAAAGUCCAAACCCAACCCCGUCCGUACCCGACAAGAAAAAUAAGGAGAAUACAGGAGAAGAGAAGAGAAGAAGAGCAGAGGCCAUCGAUACCGGCGACGAUCGAUUGUCUCGUCGGAGAAAUCUUCCCCGACUUUGACAUUUCGUCGGUCCCCCCUGGUCCUAGCAUUUGCAGAUUGCGCUGUGUUGCUGGCUAUGCAGAGCCAACUAGUUUGCAGUGGCUGUCGAAACACUCUUCUUUACCCAAGAGGAGCAACUAAUGUUUUGUGUGCCUUAUGUAGAUCAAUUACAUCAGUGCCUCCGCCCGGAAUUGAAAUGGCCCAACUCAUAUGUGGAGGUUGUAGGACAUUGCUUAUGUAUACUCGUGGGGCAACAAGUGUGAGAUGCUCCUGCUGCCAUACUGUUAAUCUCGUCCCAGGGUCCAAUCAGUAUGCCCAAGUGAACUGCGGAAACUGCCGGACAAUGCUGAUGUAUCCUUAUGGAGCUCCAUCCGUCAAAUGUGCACUCUGUCAAUACGUGACUAAUGUUGGUGCUGGCAAUGUGAGGGUUCCAAUUCCAGCCCAGAGAAACAACGGAACUACAGGCUCCGACUCGACACCCUCUACUUCAUCCAUGCCCCAUUCUACUCAAACUGUUGUUGUUGAGAAUCCGAUGUCAGUGGAUGAGAGUGGCAAAUUGGUGACAAAUGUCGUGGUUGGAGUAACAACAGAAAAGAAAACGUAAUACUGCAUUUGGUCCGUUGUCAGUAUGAGCCUAUGUCAGAUGCACUUUGAACAUUGACAUUGAAGAUCGAAUGGCUCAAAGGUUGUGUUAAAUCGAAUUCGUUGUGUAUAUUUGUCUCUUCUUGGGCGGUGGUUUUGUGAUUGACAUGGACUUGGGUAAUCAUCGGUUGCGUACGUGAUAAAAGAGUUAUUUCACAUGUGGAAAUUGUAUUGAUGUAGAGGAAGGGGAGGGAUUCAUACUGCUGCGAGACUGUCCAUACAUAUAUGCGUAAAUUGAUGGUUUUCGGCAUGUUUAUCCUUGUUA